AUGACUUCUCGAGCAGUGAUCUCAAGUGAUUCGCGAAGAGCUUCCGCGAUUCGUUCAUUUCUUCACGUUGGUGGGAUUGCGUCGUUGAGUCCACAAACGCUAUCAAAAUUCUCUACCACGAUCAACUUGAUUGCUGGCUUUCGUUUGUCUGCUCCUCCACAGAUGCGCGUCGUUCACAUUCCACUCGACGACGACGAGAAUCAAGACCUCUCCGCCUAUUGGACUACAGUUUUUCAGAUUAUCGACGAUGAGCGAAAAUCGGGUGGGAAAGUGCUUUUGCUUUGUGCGAUGGGAAUCUCUCGAUCGGCCACUUUUGCAAUCGCUUAUUUGAUGUGCAGAGAUCGGCUCACCCUUCACGACGCGUACAAGGAGGUGCAGCGACGACGAAACAUUAUUUGUCCGAACAUUGGUUUCUUCAAGCAAAUGAUCGAAUUGGAAGAAAAGUUCUACAAGCGAAACACGGUUCGUAUCAUCGAGCCACUCGAUGGAGUGCCGGUGGCGGACGUCGUUUGGAAUGAGCUCUACGAUGAGAUGCUGCAAUCGAUGAGUUCGACGAAUCGGGAUGUAUUGAGAACUCUUCAUCCAUCAGCUAGCUCAAUGACGAUGCGAGAACUAUCACUGAAUCUCGAGAGCCCUACAGAAGAAAGCCCAAGACCGUUGAAAAAAUCCGCUUCCGGGAACAGUAUUCUAAGGGAUUCAUCACGAGGUUCAUCGUCUGGAUCCACGUCGCUCACCUCGACGUCACCCUCUUCAUCGCAGACGUCGAUCGGACAAACGAUAUCCAGAGAGACUCAAGAGGAAAUAUUGCUCUCACCGUUGAAA